GACAGCCUGUGAUUUUGACUGUGCAUCCAGCACGUGGUACUUUUGUUUAGAAUAGUUUUUUGUGAUAAUUUUUAUCAUAAUUUUUUAUAACUCAAUAAAAUAUUUUAAACUAUGGGAAAAACGAAGAAAAACAAAGUACGCCCGGUCAAAGUAAAUCCCAUUGGCAUACCAAGUCUGCGAGACCUCGAAAAUGAAGAUGAAUUCAAUGAAGAAAACAGCAAUCCCAUCGAAGCAAUUCGUGACCAACUACAAAGUUCGAACAUUGAAGAAAAGAUCAACGGACUGCAAGCCUUGGCUGUUCUCUCAUCAAAUAAAACUAAAGUUGUGGCCAUCUGUGCAAGUGAUGUGAUUCGAAUUGCAGCGCCCUUACUGGUCGAACCGAACAAUGCAGUUCGCAAUGCCUGUGCAGGAGCUUUGCGAAAUCUUUCGGUUUGUGGAGUAGAUGUUUGUGAGAAUCUUGUUGAACAAGAUGUCCUCACUCCAUUGCUAGCUCUGUUGAGUGAGUAUGCAAAAGAAGCUAACUGGACUCCGGAAUUUGACGAGAAAAUCACUGGUCAACUUGGCUUGAAAUCCGAUAUAUUUUUUCAGUCUGUCAAUCUUCUAUGGAAUCUAUGUGAAAGUACCUCAGUUGCGCUUGAAAACUUUAAUCAAUCACACAUCCUAGAAAGUUUCAUUCGUUGUCUGGACUAUAAAGUCUUUGGGUUCGAUAUUGCAAUUUCUGUAGCACAAUGUUUGUUGGUUAUAUCUGAAGAGAAUCCGAACUCCUGGAAUGUAUUCAAUAACCAUGUGCCAGAGUUUAUUUGCUUGCUUAAUAUCGAAGGAGAUCAUUCGCAUACAUUUUUGAGAACACUCGCUGCAGGAAUUUUGUCGAAUAUUCCUGCCCUGGCAGCCGCAUAUGUUAAUAAAAUAUUCCCAGCACUAUCUGCGACUUUUGAUGUUAAUCAUAGAACUGUUCUUGGUGAGAUCACAAGUACAUUGCCAUUGUCUCGCCAAGAAAAUCCAACAGAACUUGAAGUAAAAAUGGAUGUUGUCGAUGUUGGAGAAGAAACUGAUGAGGCUGCAUCUUUGAGAAGAAGAAAACAAGAUCUCCCUACUGAUACUGAAAUUCAAGUAAAACAUGUUGGUUAUUUGCUAGAAGCCCAAAAAGUUGCUGCAGAGAUUAUCACAAAUCAAUGUGCAACAGAUGACGAUGAAUGGAUUGAUGAUAAUGCUGAUGAUGCAUCGGAUAAUGAAAGCGUACAUGACUAUGAUAACAAUAGCAAAACCAAUAGCACAACAAAUCUUCAAAAUACUGAUAAACUUCCUGUAGAAGUUUUAGAAGCCAUAAAAUCAUUUGGACUUGUAGAAAAGCUUUGGCAAAAAGCUCAACCUGUACAAGAUAAUGUUAAUCAAAUUCUCCGCGAGACUAGUUUUACACUUUUAAACAAAGUCAAAAGUCUGCGUGUAUCAUGCCUUUUAUGUCUACAAAAUCUUUGUAACUCAAUGUGCACCGAAGAUCUUGGUGGUCCAACUGCAAUCUAUGCUGUUUGGUUGGAUUUGGGACAACAGGUGUUUCAAGGUCCACAAGAUCUCAUUCUGUUAGAACCAUCUACUUCCUUGAUGCGUGCGUCUUUGGAGCAUUUAAAGAAAAACUCUGAGCUUUUUGCCCAGAUGUCCGAGAAUGACUUAGAAUUAAUGUUGAAUGGAGUAAAUAAGUGCACGAUGCCAGAAAUUCGCGCAAAUUGGUUACGAAUGUUAGGCACCUUAGGUUGUUUGCUUUCUGAACGCCUCGUUAAGCUGAUUAUAGGUUUUAUUCUAGACACAUGUUCAAAGGAACAAGACGUAUGGACUAUUUCUGAAGCAAUAGAUGCUUUAAUGGACAUGUUUUCCGACAAUGACUGGAAUCAAAUUGUAGUUGAACUGAAUUUCCUUGAACGUAUGAAGGCAUUAGAAAAAGUGUUUAAAUCCAAGAUUCGACAGCAGAAACGUGAAUUAAAUGAGCGAUACCCAGCCGUUUUAACAGUGCGCACAAAUCUAAGUCGAUUUGUAAAGUACAUCGAAACUGAAAUGAAAAAAUUCUCUUCUACGAAUGGAACAUAAAAAAACUAAUUUUUCGACAUACAUAUGUGCAAACGGUACGAAAUAGUAUAAACAUUUUUCUCCUAGGGACGUGACCAACUUUAGAGACAUUAUAAAGCGUAAGGAAAAUAUUUGCUAUCUCUAAAAAGGAAAUACAUCUUCUAUUGUUAAAAAAUAUCUGCCUGUUUUAUAAUAAUUAGUUUAAAAAUAAA